CAACUGCUUCAGAAGGACUCCAGCCCCCCAAGACCCCUCUGCUUCCCACAGGAUGGGAGCCUGGGCACUGGGGGCCCGGUCAUGAGGGACUGUUGCUCCUCCCCAAAGGCCAUCCCUGCACCCCCAAAGCAUACCUUUGACCAAAGCCUAGGCAUGGACUCCAGACACAGCGGUCCCAGUGGGGCUGGGGAAGGGGCUUCCUGCUCUGAGAGCCCCGCUGGGAGCUCAGCCUGCUCGUCUCCUCCCUGUACUCCUCUCCCAGAGACAGUGAGAGGACGCGGAGCCUUGAUCUCAGGAGCCCCUGAAACAGCUUUGUUUGGGAAGCCAGAGCCUGUGUCCUCAGCAGAAGCUGCUCCUACGACCCCAGAGAACAGAAAUCCUGUAUUCUUGGAAAAGAUGGAUUCCAACUCCUUGAAGCAGGCAGAUUCCACUCCCACAGGAAGGGAAGAUGCUGUGUCCUUGAGGAAGGAAGAAUCCGUGUUGAUGGGAAAGGCAGAGCCUGCGAUCUGUGGAAAGGGGGAGCCUGGAACUGUUGGAAGGAUGGAUUGUGUAACUCCAAGGAAGGAGGAUUCCGGGUCCUUGGGAAGAGGAGAUCCAAUGUGCUCCAGUAUGGUGGAUACAGCGUCUCCAGGAGGGGAAGACCCUGUGUCUGUAAGAAAGGGAGAGCCUGUAUCCUCGGGCAAAGUGGAGCCAAGAAAGGAGGACCCCACAUAUUCCAGAAGAGAGCACCCUAGAUCUACAGGAAAGGGAGAUCUUGUGUCUUUGGAGAAAAAAGAUAUGGACCGUCCAGAAAAGGCAGACCCUGCAUCCACUAAAAAGGCAGAUCCUGGAUUCUCAGGAAAGAUAACUGCAGGAUCAUCAAGCAAGACAGAAUUUGUAUCUUCAGGAACAGUGGCUCCUGGGACCCAAAAGGUGAAUCCUGUAUGUUUGGGGAUGGCGGAUCCUGCAGCUGUGGGAAAUACAGAAACUUUGUCCUCUGCAAAGGAGGACCCUCCCUCUUCAGGAGAGGGUGGGCCUGUAUCUACGAGAAUGACAGAAGCAGUAUCGGCUGGACAGCUGGGAGGUGUGCAUCCUGCAAAGACAGAUCUGGCAUCUGUGAACAGUCCGGGACCUUCAGGCAGUGUGGACCCACUUUCCUUAAGAAAUGUGGAACUUGUGUCCCCAGUGAAACCAGAACUCUUGUCUUCUGGGCAGGCAGAACGCGUGUCGUUGGUGAAGACAGAAACCCUAUCCUCAGGAAGAGAGGACACAAAGUUUUCUAGAAAGGCAGAUCACACAACAGUCACAGGAAACAUAAAAACAUCUCAAAAAGGGAAUCCUGAAUCUUCAGGAAAGACAGACCCUGUGUCUUCAAGUUCAGGAGAUGCCAAGUCUCUGGGGACGCGGGGGUCCCUGUCUGCUGCAAAAGCUGAGACAGCCACUGAGGGGAAAGGAGACCCACAGUCCCUGGAGAAGGCAAGUCCCACAGCCUCAGAGAAGGCUGGACCCCUCACUUCCAGCAAGGUGGGCUCUGCAAGCCAGGGAAAGACAGAAACUGUUCUCUCUGAAGAAGCAGACUCCACAACGUUAGGAAAAGUGGUCCCAACGGCUUCAGGAAAACUAGCUGUGGUGUCGCCAGGAAAGGUGGAUCUCAUGGCCUCGGAAAGAGCAGAAGGCAAUCCAGAGGCAAAGGCUCCAGAAAAGAGGAAUCCUGUGAACUCUACCAGAGCCUCAGGGAGUGCUGAGCCCAAGUCUGGGGUCAAGGUGGUAACCCAGCUUCCCCGUGCCACAUCCCCGGGAAAGGUGGAGGUGCCAACUUUGCAAAAAGAGCAGCCACAGGUGUCUGGGAAGAUGGAUCCCCCAGGAAAAGUCAACACCCCUGUGUCUGUGGAACCUGUGUCCCUAGGGAAGGCUGACUCCACAUCUCCAUCUCCUAGAAAAGCAGAGUCUCAAACCUCAGCUGAGACCGCACCUCUGCCUCUGGAGAAGGCCAAGGCCCCUUUCAGGCCAUCCGAUGGUACAGCCUGCAGUUCAGCCCAGCCUCUGGGAGAUGCCAGGAGCAGCGGGGUCCUGCCAGAGCCAGCGCCCUGUGCCAGCACCAGCCAGAAAGACCUAGCGGCAGCUGCGGCUGAGAAGAGCCCCCGCGCGGAGGGUGCAGCGCCCCCGCCAGGGCCACGGACUCGCGACAACUUCACCAAGGCACCGUCGUGGGACGCAGGAGCGCCACCGCCCCGCGAGGACGCGGGCACGCAGGCCGGCGCUCAGGCCUGCGUCUCGGUGGCGGUGAGCCCCAUGUCCCCGCAGGACGGCGCGGCCGGCCAGGCCUUCAGCUUCCAGGCGGCACCACGCGCGCCCAGCCCCUCGCCCGGGCCACCGUCGCGCCGGGACGCGGGCCUGCAGGUGUCGCUGGGUGCCGCCGAGAUGCGCUCGGUGGCCACCGGGCCCAUGACUCCGCAGACCGCGGCACCGCCCACCGCGCCGCCCGCCUUCCCGGAGGUGCGGGUCCGGCCCGGCUCGGUGUUGGCAGCCGCCAUGGCACCCCAGGAGGCGGCCGAGCCAGUGCGCGACGUGAGCUGGGACGAGAAGGGCAUGACGUGGGAGGUGUAUGGUGCCUCCAUGGAAGUGGAGGUGCUGGGCAUGGCCAUUCAGAAGCAUCUGGAGCGCCAGAUAGAGGAGCACGGCCGCCAAGGGGCGCCGGCGCCGCCGCCCGCCGUCCGCGCGGGCCCAGGCCGUGCAGGCUCCGUGCGCACCGCGCCAGCGGAAGGCGCCGCCAAGCGCCCGCCCGGCCUCUUUCGCGCGCUGCUGCAGAGUGUGCGCCGGCCGCGAUGCUGCUCGCGGGCGGGACCCACGGCCGAGUGA